AUGGAGAAAGUAAAGCGAGCGACUAUGAAUAAAGCCGAAAAGAAGGGAGGUAAGGGGGUCCUGGACGUUGGAAGCGAGGGAACAGAGGGGGGUACAGCUAAUCUGACAGUGGUGGAGGAGCAGAGGGGCAUUAAGAGUCAAUAUCGUGGCUGUGCAGAGCUGAGGGACCUGAGUGACCGAGGGAGAGUCGCACCAGUUUCCAGUGACCGAGGGAGAGCCGCACCAGUCUCCAGUGACCGAAGGAGAGCCGCACCAGUCUCCAGAGAUAGAAAACUACCUGCUGCUCCCGCCUCCACAGCUAGAGGGAGACUACCUGCUGCUACCUCUCAAGGAUCACCUCCCAAGGAACGCCUGGGGCUGCCGAGCCUGCACAGCCUGGGGCUGCCGAGCCUGCAACGCCUGGGGCUGCCAAGCCUGCAACGCCUGGGGCUGCCAAGCCUGCAACACCUGGGGCUGCCAAGCCUGAAACGCCUGGGGCUGCCGAGCCUGCACAGCCUGGGGCUGCCAAGCCUGCAACGCCUGGGGCUGCCAAGCCUGAAAUGCCUGGGGCUGCCGAGCCGGCAACACCUGGGGCUGCCAAGCCUGAAAUGCCUGGGGCUGCCGAGCCGGCAACACCUGGGUAGGGCGGCUCGCCAUCGCCUGGGGGGGCUUGCUCGCCACCGCCUGGUGAUCCUUGUGCAUUAUCGCCCAGGGAGGCCUGCACCACACUGCCCGGGGAUACCUGCUCGUCAUCACUCAAGGAUUUGUUGUAUCCAGCAGCCAGAAAUUCUGGGGCAGGGGCCCAAGAGAAGGGAGUCGCUGGCUACAGAGAAGGGGGAGAGAACUAUUGGCGGCCCACGGAUCCAAUCCGGCCUGCGAGAGCCUUCCUUUUGCCCCGCUGAGCGUCAGCUGUCCUUCAUUACAAAAGCUGAAAUUGCUGAUACGUAAGAUUGUAAUGUCACCGCUAUCUACAGGGUAUUUGUGUCCCCUAACAAGUGUUUUUUUUACAGGUCAACCUAGUCUUAAUAAUAAAGCUGACUGGCUGAGCUUUCAUUCUGAUGAGGUUUCAUUUUGGCAUGCGUCACAAACCUCUGCCCAUUUAGUUUAGUUGCGAUAUGAAAACAGCGGUAUGGAGUAAUAUUAUUUUCUGUAGUGCGGACAAACUAUCUGAAUAUUCUUACAAUGCACCUAGGCACACCUCUCAAAGAUGGCAUGUUGGAUAUGCACUUAAGUUUAUUUUCCCUCUGUUUACUGUCAUGCCAUGUAUUUAAUUUAGAAACUUUUCAUUUACAUAUAAACACAUUGGAGUUAGAACAUGCAUAUUUAGACACAGCGCUACACUUUCAAUCAGGCUUGAUAAGAUGCUUAUACAACAUAAAUAAAGCGAUCACUAACUGACGUGCUUUCAUUAGUUAACUUGAAUGGUUGCUGCGCAGUCAUUUUCAGAACAUUUUCCAGUUUUAAUAAAAUUAAAAUGAAUAACAUGCUGUUUUAAUAGCAUUACAGUAAUUAUUUGUUUGCAAGAUGUCGUUUGAAUAUUGUCAGGAAAAUAUCAGGAAAAAAUAUAUUUGCUUUCUAUUUUUAUUAUUAAAUGGCGAUCAGACAUUGUAUCAUUGUAAGUAGUUAUUUCUGACAUGUAUUAGUUGAUUGGUGCAAGUGUAGUGUUGCAAAGUUCUGUUACUGUAUGUAUGUUACUGUUCGAUAGUCAGAUUUUCGUGACCAUUUAAGCAACCCCCCCCCCCCCACACACACACACCAGUACACACAUCUUGAGCGCACUGUGGCCCCCCCAGUGAUUGGACAUUGCUUUAUCUGGCACCCCCUGAGAAUGUAAUUGAGUACCCCUGCCCUAGAACCUGCAAACAGUUGUUUUUUAGAUUGAUAUAAAGAUGGAAAACUGCUUUGAACAACAGUACUGAACCAGUACUUUCUUUAUUAUUGUGACUGAUGCACUUGCAGACUAUGCUAUUUAUAUUAGAAAUCCAUAUGCCAUGAGAGAGCUUGGUGUUGCACUGACUGAAGAACAGGACAGGAUCCCCUAAGACAUCAUCUUUUGCCUGAUUAGAAGCAUUCGCUUUCGAUCUAGCGAUUGAAUCAAUGUCAGAUGAGCCCAUACCCAAUAUUUCCAUUUCCAUGGGUCUUUUGUUUAGAUGUGUUUCACUGAUGUUGAUGUUACAUACAAAAUCAAAUUAAUGUAUCUGUUAAUUUCAGUUUGUAAAGAGUGCUCUCUUGAAAUACUCAUAUACUCGUUAAUUGUGUUUUGGAAAAAAAAUAAAGUUUGAAUUAUUUUGAGUAGUUUAUAUAGAAAAUUAUAAUUUAAAAAUACUAGAAAUGUGUCAUUUUGAUGUUAUUCAAUACUGUACAUAAGCACUAUCUGUUCAAGUCUUGGUUAGAAGAUCAUUUAAUGUGAAUUCCCAUAGACAAUAAACCAAUGGCAUUUGCAAACAUGGUAUACUGGAUUAUUUCUGUAAUAUACUUUUGCUAUGCUAAAUUAAAUGGUUAAUAUUGAUGAGAAUUGAUUAUGUUAAUGUUUCUUAAAAUAAAGGAUCUUAGGCGGUUGGGAAUAAAUUAAAUGCAUUAUUAAUAAAUGAAUGUGUCACUGUUGAUAAUAAUUUACAUUCAUUGCCAAUGGUCCAAUGCCAAGUGAAACCAUUUGAAAUAUAUUUCACAAUGGGGGCAAGUGCCUUUGUUGAAGUAGUCCCAUAUGUAUCUCAAAGAUGACUGAUAUGAUUUUCAAAAUAUUUUGACUUCCCCGAUCAAAGAUCCAGUGUAUAUGGCUAUGAUACUUCUUGCUGCUGGACCUAGUAGUUGGAGGCUUACCUCUUGUAAUGUAUACAAACUACAGUAGUAAGCCAAAAAUAGCUGCUUUCUGAUGAAUCAGAGUCUACAGGAGGUGGCUAAAUUAUGGAAGAAUGUUGUAAACUUUCACCUUUUAUGUUUUUAAAAUUAAGUACAUUUAUACUGAAGAUUGAUUCCCACAACUACCACAAUAUCUAUUCUGUUAGCAGUUUCCAGAACAUGAUAUGAUUUCACAGAAACAAUUUGUCGUCCCUAGGGUUAUGAUUUAAUGUUUUUCAACUGCAUGUUUUCAUUAAAUGUUCUCUCUGCAAUAUCAAAUCAUAAUUACAAAACUUUUACAUGAACAAAAAUAAUGUCUACCGUUUCUAUUGAGCUUCCUGUUUUUUUUUUUUGUGAUAUCCCCUUUAGUCACAGCAAUUGACUAAAAUGUAGUAAACUGCUCUGUAGUGAUUAUGAAUUGUGGACGCUUACACCCCUUAAAAAUAUGAUUUGUAGCUAUAAUGUAAGAUUUGUAACAAAACGACUGUCAAUAUCACUGGCUUUGUUUAGUCACCACAUUUCAGUGUUUGAAUAAUCCAAAUGCUCUGUGUCAUUAUUAAAUUCUUGUAGAGGAGGAUAACUCAUGGUGCUGUAUGCUCUUCAGAAAGGCAUUAUUGGUGGAAUUAGGAAAGGUCAAUGAGUCAUUGGUUGACUUCUGAGCACUUCACAGGUGGAAUGCUAAGCAUGCAAUUUCCUUCAAUGCUUAUUUACCUUAUCCUGGGGUUAGUGCAGAGUUAAGUGUCAGUGAAUGAAACGUGAUAUCUUCAAGGAACAAGGGUGGAUGGUAUUUAUUUACUUUAUUGAAGAUGUAAAAGUGGUUUACAAAUUAAUUAGUCACAAAUUCUCUGUCUUUCUCAUGAAAUACUGCAAGACAACACCCUCAUACACUUGAUUAAAUCUAUUGUCAUUCACCUGAUCCCUGCAAUAUUUUACAAUGUAUCUAUUACUCUUGUCAUUAGUAACCCACAUUGUUCUUGUGGGUAGACUCUUGGGUAUGUGGGUAUGGUGUAAUGCCGAAUUGUGCAUUAUUUUGAGAUGUGUGUUGAUAUUUUGAUAUGUUUUUGAUGUCUAAAAAUCUUGUUUAUAAUAUCGAAAGUUCACAUUUUAACCACAGUGAUAAUCACAUGGACAAAAUGCAAUGAACCGCUGACGCAUGUGUACCUCUCAAAAUAAUGCAAAACAGAUUGCCAAUAGUGCCAAACUUAAUGCAGCAUGUGUAAUGUGGACAUGAAAAAGUUUGUGAAGUUUCACCAAAUUGCACAUCAGAGAUCCUGCUCCCUGUGCUGAUUUAUUUUUAGUAAUUGUGGGACAGGGAGUUAAUAGCGCAGCAUGAGCUGUAUGGUGUAGGGGAGAAUCAUUAUAAGAGGUCCUUCAUUGUUCAGUUGUGGGGCUGUUGAAGGUUGAAAAAUAUAUAAUUAGCCAUGGAAAUAUCUCCAUAAUUCCACUGUAAGAUACCUCCGGUAAAGUAGCGUCGCCCUGGUGCCCAUCACAAAUUUAAAUGGAGCCUUCAUGGAACCUCCUGGUGGCAGCUUUUGGUACAAAAUGUAUUUUACCUGGCAGAAAGAACGCUGCUUGCAGCUCACAUGUGAGAAAUCUAAAAAGACUUUAUUUUAAUUGUUUUAAUUAAAAGUUACCCAUUUCUUUUUUUAAGGGGAUUAAAAUGCAUUGUGUCUAGAACACAAAUAAAAAUGGUAUGAUUAGUUUUGAUUCUUCUGAUACAUUUUUGUUUUUUAAAACUAUCCAUCAAAAUGGAUCAUGGGGAAAAAUACAAGUUUUAGUAAUCAGGUUUACUAUAAAGUGCACAAAUUUCAUUAUUUUUUUUAUUAAAUAAAAAUGAUUAAUUACUAUGUUUUACUCUGGUUUUUGUAUCAACUUUUUCUUAAACUUUUGGGUUUAUGUAUAACCUCUUUCUGAUACUUUUCAUUAAUGUACAUUGUAGGCCUGACAGCUAAAGACAUUUUAGAAUCUAUAAUAAGUGGCUGUGAUUCAAUCUAGACAUCAGUGAUGAAGAUUAAGUUGAGGACCAGGCCAUUGAAAGA